GUUUCAUCAGAAACCAAACCGCCUAUCAACACUGCGAGUAACUGUGUAUUUCUGCGGAGAGACUUCUCUCUGCAAUCGCCGGUAGGGAUUCUCCACGACGUCGUUUUCCUCCCUCUGCUUUUCCUGCGAAGAUUCUGGAACCUUCUUCCUCCAAGGAAAUAUUCCUUUAUUUUGAAGCGUUAACGACGACCAGUGAAAAUGCCGGCGACGCAGUUCAGCGGCCGUACACUCUCUAAUGGAAUAACGGCAAGUAGAUUCAGCAAAAGCAGCCAAACGGCGGAGAAAUUCAAGCCGAUUUCUUCACUGAACAGAGGGAAUACUGGUAAUCUCGUUGCGCUUGCUGGUAGAAAGAGCUUAGGCUUAGGGGGUUUCGAUUUGUCCGAAAGACACAGGAAAUUGUUCAAACCACUGAUCACCCAUCGAAGAAAGAACUGCUGCAAUGUGGUGGGAAAUCAGUGGAGUUCAGAUGGUGGGGUGACUUCUUCUGGCGUUGAGGAAAGAUUGGCUCUACAAGAAGAGCAUGAUGUCAACGGAUCGGGGAACGGCGCUCCUGAGUUGACAGAGAUUCUUAGCCAUCGGUCGCAGUCUCCGGAUGUGAAGCGUGAGCUUUUGAUGCUCUCUAUACCUGCAAUUGCGGGACAGGCUUUUGAUCCCUUGGCUCAGCUUAUGGAGACCGCUUACAUUGGUAGAUUAGGCUCUCUGGAGUUGGGUUCAGCUGGUGUUUCUGUGAACAUCUUUAACUAUAUCUCAAAGCUAUUUAAUAUUCCUCUUCUCAGCGUUGCCACUUCUUUUGUGGCUGAAGAUAUUUCAAAGAAUGAAAUUACUACUUCAGAGAAGCAUUCUUUAGAAGACAGGAGCAAUGGUAGGCCUUUUGAUGGGAUAUCUGAGAGAAUGCAACUACCUUCGGUGUCUACAGCUUUACUGUUAGCAGUUAUGAUUGGCGUUUUUGAGGCAUUAGCCCUGUCUCUGGGGUCUGGAUUAUUUUUAAAUAUCAUGGGGAUAUCACCAGAUUCACCCAUGCGUGUUCCAGCUCAACAUUUUCUUUCACUAAGGGCACUUGGUGCUCCCGCAGUUGUAGUCUCUUUGGCUCUUCAAGGAGUUUUCCGUGGGUUUAAGGAUACCAAAACUCCUGUUUUUUGUCUAGGUAUAGGUAAUCUAUUGGCAGUGAUAUUGUUUCCCAUACUCAUGUAUUCUUUUCGGUUGGGUGCGACUGGUGCAGCCCUUUCCACUGUUGUGUCUCAAUAUGCCGUCACCUUUCUAAUGUUAUGGUAUCUAAACAAGAGAGCAAUACUGCUGCCCCCAAAGAUGGGAUCCUUGCAAUUUGGAGGAUACAUGAAAUCAGGUGGUUUUCUUCUUGUAAGAACUCUUGCUGUUCUUUCAACCAUGACACUGGGGACAUCAAUGGCUGUUCAUGAAGGCCCGGUAGGUAUGGCUGCUCAUCAGAUAUGCAUACAAGUAUGGUUGGCUGUGUCCCUUUUGGUUGAUGCUCUGGGUGCAUCUGCUCAGGCUCUCACUGCAAGUUAUAUGUCCAAAGGUGACUAUAAGAAUGUAAAAGAAAUCACUCACUACGCUCUGAAGGUAGGAUUGAUCACAGGUGUUUCCUUGAGUGCAAUACUGGGCGUGUCUUUUGGUUCAUUAGCUACCUUGUUCACCAAGGACCCUGAAGUACUAGGAAUUGUUAGAACUGGAGUGUUGUUUGUGAGUGCCAGUCAACCUCUUAAUGCGCUAGCUUAUGUUUUUGAUGGUCUCCAUUACGGUGUUUCGGAUUUUGCAUAUGCUGCUCGUGCUAUGAUGGUGGUGGGAGCAAUAUCUUCUGCGUUUUUGUUAUAUACUCCUUCGAUUAUUGGUCUUCCUGGGGUUUGGUUGGGCUUGACUCUCUUCAUGGGUUUGCGCGUAGUGGCAGGCUUUUACAGAUUGCUGUCAAGAAAUGGACCUUGGUGGUUCCUUCAUAGUGACUUUCAGAGAGUUGAGCUGGCCAGUUGAUAUGGGAAAAUUCUGAAGGUGAUUGAGAUAUAUCAAGCUAGUAUUAUGCCCAAACUUGAAUGAGGUCUCGGGUGUACAGUUUCCCACUGAUGUAUUCUUGUCAGGAGUUUUCUUUUUCCCCUUUCAAAAUUUUUUUCUUUACGUGCAAUUGGUAUCAGCUGUUAGAACAACAAGAUGAAAAGCAAUUUUUUUUUUUUUCUCUUAUUUUGACA